AUGCCUCUAAAAGCUAACGCCUCUGAGAAGAGUGACGACGAAAAACUUCUCAUUGCCGUUCUCAGUCUUUGGAAUCCUCUUCCAUCUGUCGACAACAAUAAACUAGGCGCACUUCUUGGAAUCAAGCCCGGAACUGCUGCUGUGCGCUGGCAUCGAUUCAAGGCAAAACUUCUCAAGGGCAGCGAGAACAAUAAAUCCGGAGAUGAUAUGAAAGCAGCCGCGGUAUUCGACAACAAAAAGAGGGGCAAGAAUGGAGGACGGAAGCGAGCAGCCGUGACGGAGGGACCAAAUGAGCCACCUGCUCAGCGCAAGAAAAUCGACAAGUCGAUUGGCAAUUCUUUGAAUGCGUCUACUUCGAAACCGGGAUUAGGCAAAGGCAGGAAGACAAACAAAGACAAGGAACCAUUGGAAGGGCUGAGUGCGGUUAAGCAGGAAAAUGGCCAGUUCGAGAUUGGUAUACAAUGGCAGGAGACUGGGGAUGGUGGGAACAUGCUGGAUGAGUUGUUUUCAGUACAAGAGGCUUGA